UAUGGUCUUUGGGUACGUAUUCCGUGGACGGCCAACCACCCGGGACGUAACCACAGCCACGAUUCGAAUGCAGCAGCCAGCAGGCAGAGGUCGGUUUGGUCAGUGUUUUGCUAGGCCCCGAACAGGUUGAGCUGAACAGGUUGGGUUGAGUCGUCCUGGACGAACAGGAUCUGGGUUGGCAUGGCCUGUUCCCACAUCAAACCACAUCCCCAUAUAUUUACCUUGUCCAAGAGCCUAAACCGGCCUGCAUCUACCUCCACCCAGAUCCAGCUCCCAUGGCUCGAUCUGGCUCCUCCAGCUCCCAUGGCGCAUCGCCAAGCAGGCACCGUGUUGUGCACCCGACGCCACCGCCACUCCCGGCGGUGCUCUGCUACCGGUGCGAAGGCGGGACGGUCCGCACUUGGGUCGUCGAGGAUGAGGAGAGCAAACAUUUGGGAAAGAGAUUCUACAAGUGCCCUUGCUUCCAUGAAUCUAAGCCUGGAGCUUGUCGGUUCGAGUUCAUGUGGCACGAUGAUUACCGCCCCAUCCUGGAGCAGCUUGGCGUGAUUCAGCCAACAGCGAGCCAGAAUCGGCUCACAUGGAACGAAGCACCGACGAGGGAGCAUUCGUAUGCAACCCCCUGCUCCCGAUGGAAGCGAGAAACCAUGGAAGAAGGAGCCAAGCGGCCCCAACGGAUGAGGCCUGAUGCAUGCUGAAGGCACUGCUGAUUAUUAGCUUUGUUCAGCUAAUGAUGCUAGUAGCUAUCUAUUACAGGAACUGAUUCCAUGUAGCCAGUAAGCUAUGUUAGUUGUAGAUUUAAGGUUAGGUACCAUCUUUAUCAGGUACGUGUGGUUGAUUUUUGCUGACACAACUCGUCUUGCGGUGGCCGGGCAGCCCACAGUUCGAACAUUUGGCUUCUUUC